UCGCCUGUGUCGUUCAGUUCACUCCACCUCUCCACUCCACUACCACCGAAGCAGCUCCCACUGAAGCAGCGGCGGAAGAAGAAGAAGCUAGAGGACAUGGGGGCGCAGAGAGCUCUCCUCGCGAGCUUCCUGCUCGCCGCGUUGGCCACCCAGGCCUUCGUCGCCGUCUCGGCCAGGACCAGCCCGACGGACAAGGCAAGCCAAGAUGACGUGAAGAAGCCGGACUGCGUGCCGUCGCUCGACCCGCACAACUUCCCCGGCCACGGGGGCACCACCGUGCCGCUUCCCUCGCACGGAGGCUCCUCCGGCACGCCGCCUUACCACGGAGGCUCCGGCACUACGCCGUCGCACGGCGGCUCCGGCUCGACUCCGUCGCACAGCGGCUCCGGGUCGACGGUGCCUGACCCGUCGCAUGGCGGAUACGGGACGCCGCCUUCGCACGGCGGCUCUGGUUCGCUGCCUGACCCGUCGCACAGCGGAGGAGGUUACGGAUCCACUCCGGACGCGCCAUCCCACGGCGGAGGCGCGUACGGGAGCUCCCCGACGCCUUCCACUGGCGGUGCCUACGGCAGCUCACCCACGCCGUCCCACGACGGGGGCGCCUACGGGAGCUCCCCGACGCCGGCCCACGACGGAGGCUCCUACAGCGGAACUCCGGCUGCACCGUCGCACAGCAGCCACGGGUCUAUCACACCGACGCCGCUCAUCCCAGUCGACCCCAACAGCCUCGGGACAUGCGACUACUGGAGGACGCACCCCAUGCAGAUCUGGUCGGCGCUGGGGAGCUGGCCGAGUUCGGUGAGCCACUUCUUCGGCGCCGCCGGUGGCGCGGUCGCCGGCGGGCCGAGUAUGAGCAUCCAGGACGCGCUGGCGAACACGAGGACCGACGGCGCCGGCGCGCUGCUGCGCGAGGGCACCGCAGCCCUGCUCAACUCCAUGACCCGCCCGGGGUUCGCCUACACCACCCAGCAGGUGAGGGACGCAUUCGCGGCGGCCGUGGCCGGCGGCUCUGACAGUGCCGCGGCGGCGCAGGCGGCGGCGUUCAAGAAGGCCAACGAGGGGAAGAAGGUGUAGAUCGACCGGAUCGCCAUCGAGUGGGCUUUAGCUAUAGCUGGUUACCUAUAUGUGUGGCAUGCGUUCAUGCAUGCAUGCGUUUAGGCCGGACGGACGUGUGCUUGCGUUUUGGUUGUUCCGUUUGAGUUGAUGGUUUGGUUGUGUAAGUUGGUGUCUUCGUGGGCUAGCUUGGAUCUAUCGUACUACGUGUUGUAAUGAAUCUCCAUUUAAGUUUUUUGCAGUUCCGUACCCUGUCGCAUUGAAUGGAAUAUAUGAAUCGAACUAUUCCUAGCU